AGAUGCUGAUAAUUCUGAAAAGAGUGUAAAUGAAGAAAAUGGAGAAGUAUCAGAAGACCAAUCUCAAAAUAAGCACAGUCGUCACAAAAAAAAGAAGCAUAAACACAGAAGUAAACAUAAGAAACAUAAACAUUCCUCAGAAGAAGACAAGGAUAAAAAACAUAAACAUAAGCAUAAACACAAGAAACACAAAAGAAAAGAGGUUAUCGAUGCUUCCGACAAAGAAGGUAUGUCUCCAGCAAAAAGAACUAAACUUGAUGAUUUAGCUUUGCUGGAAGACUUGGAGAAGCAGAGAGCCCUGAUUAAAGCUGAACUUGAUAAUGAGCUGAUGGAAGGGAAGGUGCAGUCUGGGAUGGGGCUCAUCUUACAGGGCUACGAGUCUGGCUCUGAAGAAGAGGGGGAGAUUCACGAGAAGGCGCGGAACGGGAGCAGGCCCAGCACUAGGCCUUCCAGCACGAGAGGGAAGCUUGAACCUACGGACAAUAAAAACAGCGCGAAAAAGCGAAGUAAAAGCAGAUCCAAAGAACGGACUAGGCAUAGGUCUGAGAAGAAGAGAAGUAAGGGAGGCGCUGAAACAGUCAAAGAGAAGACAACGAGGAGUAAGUCCAAGGAGAGGAGGAGGUCCAGAAGUCCCUCCAAAAGAAGCAAGUCUCAGGAUCAAGCGAGAAAGUCGAAGUCUCCCGUCCUGAGAAGGCGCUCUCAGGAGAAGAGCGGGAAGGCCAGGUCGCCCGCCGACGACAAGGCCAGGGCUGAAGAUAAAAGUAAGUCGAAAGAUAGGAAAAAAUCCCCAAUUGUAAACGAAAGUAGGAGUCGUGACCGAGGCAAAAAAUCUCGAUCCCCAGUUGACUUGAGAGGUAAAUCCAAAGACAGGAGGUCACGGUCCAAAGAGAGAAAAUCGAAACGGUCUGAAACUGAUAAAGAAAAGAAGCCAGUUAAAUCUCCCUCUAAAGAUGCUUCCUCUGGGAAGGAAAACAGGUCGCCCAGUAGGAGGCCUGGUCGCAGUCCUAAAAGAAGAAGUCUGUCUCCAAAACAGCGUGAUAAAGCGAGAAGGAGCCGCUCUCCGCUCGUGAACGACAGGCGGUCCAAGCAGAGCAAGUCGCCCUCCCGAACUCUGUCUCCUGGACGGAGGGCCAAAAGCCGGUCCCUGGAGAGGAAGCGGAGGGAGCCUGAGAGGAGGCGCCUGUCUUCUCCAAGAACACGACCUCGAGAUGACAUCCUCAGUAGACGGGAAAGGUCGAAGGAUGCCAGCCCAAUCAGUAGGUGGUCUCCAGCCCGAAGAAGAGCAAGCAGGUCUCCCGUCAGAAGGAGGUCUCGCUCCCCGCUCCGGCGCAGCCGGUCUCCCCGAAGAAGAAGCAGGUCUCCUCGGAGAAGGGACCGAGGUCGGAGAAGCAGAUCACGCUUGAGAAGGCGGUCUCGAUCUCGGGGGGGUCGUAGGCGCAGGAGCAGAAGCAAAGUGAAGGAGGAUAAGUUUAAAGGAAGUCUUUCCGAAGGAAUGAAAGUGGAACAGGAAUCUUCAUCUGAUGAUAACCUCGAGGACUUCGACGUGGAGGAGGAAGAUGAGGAAGCCCUGAUAGAGCAGAGGAGGAUACAGAGGCAGGCGAUCGUUCAGAAAUACAAAUACCUUGCUGAAGACAGCAACAUGUCCGUGCCGUCCGAGCCCAGCAGCCCCCAGAGCAGCACGCGCACGCGCUCGCCUUCCCCGGAGGACAUCCUGGAGCGGGUGGCUGCGGACGUCAAAGAGUACGAGCGGGAGAACGUUGACACGUUCGAGGCCUCGGUGAAAGCCAAGCACAACCUGAUGGCCGUGGAGCAGAGCAACGGUUCAUCUCAGAAGAAGCUGUUGGCACCUGAUAUGUUUACAGAAUCCGAUGAUAUGUUUGCUGCGUAUUUUGAUAGUGCGCGUCUUCGGGCUGCUGGCAUUGGGAAAGACUUCAAAGAGAACCCCAACCUCAGGGACAACUGGACUGAUGCCGAAGGCUAUUACCGUGUGAACAUAGGUGAAGUCCUGGAUAAGCGUUACAACGUGUAUGGCUACACCGGCCAGGGUGUAUUCAGUAACGUGGUCCGAGCCAGGGACAACGCCAGAGCCAACCAGGAGGUGGCCGUGAAGAUCAUCAGAAACAACGAGCUCAUGCAAAAAACGGGUUUAAAAGAAUUAGAAUUUUUGAAAAAACUUAAUGACGCUGAUCCUGAUGACAAAUUUCAUUGUUUGCGACUCUUCAGACAUUUUUAUCACAAGCAGCAUCUCUGUCUCGUGUUCGAGCCUCUGAGUAUGAAUUUACGAGAGGUGUUAAAAAAAUAUGGUAAGGAUGUUGGCCUUCAUAUUAAGGCUGUAAGAUCCUAUAGUCAGCAGUUGUUCUUGGCACUGAAACUCCUUAAAAGAUGCAAUAUCCUCCAUGCAGAUAUCAAGCCAGACAACAUCCUGGUUAAUGAAUCAAAAACCAUUUUAAAGCUCUGUGAUUUUGGGUCGGCUUCACACGUGGCAGACAACGACACGACGCCCUACCUUGUCAGUAGAUUUUACCGCGCUCCUGAGAUCAUUAUAGGCAAAAGCUAUGACUACGGCAUAGACAUGUGGUCUGUGGGCUGCACCUUGUAUGAGCUCUACACUGGAAAGAUUUUAUUUCCUGGCAAAACCAAUAACCACAUGUUGAAGCUCGCCAUGGAUCUCAAAGGAAAGAUGCCAAAUAAGAUGAUUCGGAAAGGUGUGUUCAAAGACCAGCAUUUUGAUCAGAACCUCAACUUCAUGUACAUAGAAGUGGAUAAAGUGACAGAGAGGGAGAAAGUUACUGUCAUGAGCACCAUUAAUCCAACCAAGGACCUGUUGGCCGACCUGAUUGGGUGCCAGCGACUUCCAGAAGACCAGCGUAAAAAAGUCCACCAGCUGAAGGACUUGCUGGACCAGAUCCUAAUGUUGGACCCAGCUAAACGGAUCAGCAUCAACCAGGCCCUGCAGCACGCCUUCAUCCAGGAGAAGAUUUAAACGAGAUGAAGACGCUCCCAGGGUUUGCAUAAUUAAAUACAAAGACUGAAGAAAUUUCACAGCAGUCUAUUAAUGUAUAUAAACUUAUAAAUAUUUCUCCAGCAAAUUUGAGGAAGCAUGAUAUAUUUGAAUUAACACCAAGGGUGAUAUUUCUUUUAGAAAUGUUAGUUUACUUGUUUUGUGUCUUAUGUGAAGUUUCACUGUAGAACUGUUUUAAUUGCCAAGACUGCACAGAAUCACAGUGCUAAUGUAAGUGGUUGCAGCUCACGGGAAGGACAGAGCAUCUGUUACAAAAUGAGUAGUAAUGCUGGGUGGUUGAUCUGUUUAGCAGAGUUGGCUUCAUUGUGGUGUUGAGGUGGGAUGGCCAGCAUAAAUGCUGUUUAUAUUCACGUUUCCCUAGGUGUGUGCGCAGGCCACAGCAGCAUGCCCUGGGUGUGGUCAGUGCCGCAAGGGGUCUGUUCCUUCUUGAGCCUGCCUGCAGGGAUGGUCUCCUCUUUUAAAGCAGGUUGUGUACAACAUUCAGUACACUGAAGGUAAGCUAAACCAUCAACAUCACUGGUGUUUUAAGAUGUUAUUUUAUUGGAACAAUUGACAAAUGAGGGAUAUUAGCUUUGUGGCAGAAUUCCCUGCAUGUGUGAUAACUGAUCUUGUUUUAUUUUUGGCAUUGCAACUGUGGCAUAGUUACAAUUUCUGUUCUGUUCAUCACAUUUAAAAUUGGAAGAGUAUGCGCUUGAUGGAUAGAGCGCCUUCAGUGUACUGUUUCUUAUUAACUUUAAUUUUUUUAAAUCAACUUGCUAUAGACUUUAUAUACAUUUUGUUAAAUACAGUUCCUAGUGACAUAGAAACAAGGCGUAGUUUUCAUUUACAAAUAACAAAUGUUGAGGCCCGAUUCUGGAAGUCCUCAUAUUUAAAAUUUAGCUAGACGACAUAAUGAAAUUUUUAACUAUUUGUAUGUCAUUUUGAAAGUGUACUGCUUUAUGGUAAAAGUGUUUUUCAUUUGUUCAUUGUUUUCAUUAUUUGUGAUCAUGUUGUCUUUCAAUACAGGCAUAACCCUCCCACUCUUGAACAAAGCAGCUGCUUUUUAAAAGCGGUAAUUGCUUCUUUACCUUUUAUUUCUUUUGUAAAUGAAGCUUUUCUUUAAGAAUGUGACUUUAAAGUGUUGUCUAUUGCAUAAAACAGUUGACACUCACUUAUUGUAAAGUGAAGAUUGUUCUACUGCAUGUGAAGUGGACCAUGCAGAUUUCUGUAUGUUCUCAGUAUGCAUCACUAGAUAAUAAAGUCUUUUGUGAACAAGGCAUUUGUAGCCAUUUUUAAAAGUUUUUGUCUUCAGUGCUGGUAAGUCAGUUAAACCAUAUAUAGUUAAAAGCAACCUUGCGUUUUUUCCUUUAAGUCUUAACUGAAAGAAUUAUUUGUUAAAGAUGUGAACCUAGCCACAAGUUUUAUCAUUUUAUUAAUAAUUAGGAUCCUAAUUAUUUCAUCAAAAAAUUCUACCAGUAUUGUCAGCUUUCAGUGUAGUGAGGUAAUUCCUAUAGGUUAUGGGGUAUAAUUCAGGAUUUAACUAAUGUUUCUGCUAUUUUCUCACUUUUCCUUCUGAUGGUGCGGAAAGAGAAAAAGGAAAACGGGGCACAGGCCACUCACCGCCUUCUCCAAGGGGUCUGAUUUGCUGAGACACCAGCUUCACCUUCUUAACAAGGUUAUUUCUGACAGCAUGUGUAGAUAAACAAUUUAGCAACAAUUUAAAACAAAAUCAUGUAAAUCAGUUUGGUUUUGCAACACAAAGGAAUUUGUAUUUUUAACAUGGUUGAAGAGAAUUUUUCAGAAAUGUAUGUAAUAAUCUUUUCUGUUUGGGUGGUAACAUUUAUGCUUGUCUCCCUGAGGAAUGUGGAAAAAUAAUCAGAUUUUAGGGGUUUAAGUAGUAUUUAAAAAUUGUAAAUGGGAUUCUUUUAUUCACCCAGGCUCCUAAUUACAACACGCAUGCACAUUUUGGUGCAUCCAUGAAUGGGAAAUCAGAAUAGCAGGAUUCUCCUGGUGGGUUUUGCUCCGUGUGAAGGUGAUAGAUGCCAUAAUCAUGACAGCCAGCCCUGACUCCACCCCGACUCCUUGUGGCUUAGACUUAGUCACCUAGAUGCAAGGUGGUGUUGGCCUCCAGGCGUGAAGCCUUUAAACAAGGCAUCACAUGCGCAGCCCUCUGCCGUAAGGACACGGCAGCGACGUCCCACCGUUACUUACUCUGGUGACGAUACGCUGCCUGGUCAGGUCUUCUGUAGUUUUUUCACUCAGAAUAGUUACCGUUUGAUGUUUCUGGUGAUUUUCAUGGUUCCAUUUUUAUACGUAAAUGUUUAAGUAAGUUAACUUCCACUAGAAACCGUUCAUCUUAUGCCUUCAAAACUGUUACAUGUUCUUUAAAAAACAAAGUUGCUUGUUACUUGUUCUUUGUGUUUUAGGUGCAGCUCAGUGGAAGAUGAUGACACCAGAAGACAUGAGCUAAGGUUUCUGUUCUGUAAAAGAUUAAAAAAAUAAAAAAAGAAUCCUCCACUUAAUUCUGUCUGGUUCUUUAGUUUGGCAGCGUUACGAUUUGGGUUGGCUUUGCCGUCUGGGACUCAGACACGGCAGAGCAGCCGUGCUGUGCCCGCCGUGAGGUGCUUCCUGCCUCCCUGCCCCGGCCCUAGAACCAGACCUGGGGUCAGAUGCAGCAGCAUAAGGGGCAUGGGUGGCGAGGUUCCACUUAGAUGAGGUUGUCAGCUGGGCUCCCAGGGUGGUUAGAAGACCCCGCCCGUUGGGGAGUAGUCUCCCAGGUAGCUGGCGGCCCCCUUGUCUGGUGCCCAGGGAGAGACUGCACGCCAGGAGCUCUGCCCGGCCCCUGUGGCACUCUCCGUGUCUGCGCCCAGCCGGGGCUCCUCCGCGGGCUCGGAACAGGCUGAUGUGCAGAGCCGCUGCCCCUUUUCUUUCUCGAGGGAAAUGAGGUGACAGUCCGUAGAUCUUUGAUGUUCCCGAACUCGGCAUUCCUCCGCUUACCUAUUUGAAAGGAGCCCCAAGAACGGUCUUUGUCCUGCACACGGCCUCGUGUCCUAAUCUGCGGCAUUGCCGCAGCUGGAGCCCGGGGCCCUGCGGGGCCGAGGCCAGUGGUGAGCUGUCCUGGGCCGCCUGCGCUCCCGGGCAGUUGCUGUGUGGUCUUCAGAUAGGGUUCUCUUGUGAAGUUUUUGCUUUAUUAUACUUGAUGGCAGAAACGAUGGUUAUCAGAAAUUAGGCUAGAAUUUCAAGCUUUUCUAGGGAGGGAGCGUCUUGUCAUUAAUAUUAAGACCCUCCCGGCAUUUGUAUUCACCCUGAAGUCCUUGUUAGCAGCGCCUGUAUCCUUGUUCCCCAGCGCCUGGUUCAUUCCAGUCUACUUCUUUUUCUCAGAAUAAUUGUGUUUGAAAAAAAUUGUUUUUGCCAUUAUAAUUACUACUUUCUUUUCCUAACUAAAACGCUCAGGACGUUUUUACAGUACAGAAAAAUUGUAUAACUUGCGGGGUGUGGUAGAGGCAGUGACAGGGGACAUUCUCAGACGCUUCCUCAUCUGCACUUUAUCAUCACUUCGGAGCAGAACUCCGGCUGGCGAGGUAGAAGGGAAAUCUGAGAAUGAAACGGGUCGCCUGUCUUCAGAUUUAGUCCAAGCAGUUAAGGAAUCCCCCUUUUAAACACUGAGACGGGAAGGAAGCCGCAGGUGUUCACAUACGCAGCUGCUUUCUGUUACGAUGUCGUUAGACAUCGGGCUUCACACAGUGCUCUUCAUAGUGUGUAUUCCGUGUGAAUUUUACCAUUUUCCAAGAUGAAGUGUCCUUAUAGAAAUGUUCGCUACAAAUCUGUGUUUUUUACAUGGCAAUUAAUGUGCACCAAGUUGAGUUUUUAAAAUGUUUUCCAGUUAUUUUUACAUCAUCAUGGCAUCUGUGAUUUUUCUUUUCCUUCUACGUGUAGGGUAAGGGCCUGUCCUGAAGAGCCUUUCCAUUUAGUGAUCAAGAUGUGGAAGCUGAUCUCUCAAAAUAGCGCGCGCCCGAGUUGCUCCCGGUGCCACUUGAAUUGCAACUGGGAUUUCAGCAGCAACGUUCCCAAAUUGACUUACUAGGAAAACUUAAUAAAAUAUGCCUCUUGUUACCAU